AAUUAUGUGCAUUUAGAUAAAGUAGAUUAAUGAUGAUUUCCUCUCUAAUAGAUAAUUAAAUUGUAGCAGUUAAGCUCUGAAAAAAUUUAAUUACAUACAAAAAAAAUCAAAUAAGUUAUGAAAGUCACAGUAAGGACCUUAGAUUCUACUAAUCAUAAUUUUGAAUUUGACGAUGAAAAUAUAACUGUAAAAGACUUCAAAGAGCUUAUAAGUCAAGAUGUUAAUAUUCCAGUUAAUAAACAAAGAAUAAUAUUUAAAGGAAAAGUUCUUCAGGAUGAAAGAAAGAUAUUAGAAUAUGGUGUUGAUGGAUGUGUUGUACAUCUGGUACAGCGAGCUCCUCCUACAAGCGUUUCUCAAGAAAGUUCAACAAGUUCAACUGUAACCCCACCUACUAGCAUAAGUUCACCUCCAAGUUCUCAAAACAAUUUUAGUGGAUCUUUUCCUGCUGCUCAGCAAUUUGUGGAUAAUCUUGUUUCACAGUUUGGUGCUGGAAAUGUUUCAAUGAAUGCACAUGGAAACAGUUUAAAUGUAAACAUCAAUGUUUCGCCCCCUAAUAAUAAUGAUGAUGUGCGACGACGCCUGCAAGUUGCAAGAAGAUUUUUGUGUCAUGCAGAUCAUUUGUUGCGCCAUAUGCAACCAACUCAUAGUAACAGUGCCAAUUUCCACACACACAUGACACAAGAAAAUAAUUCCAGAGAAGACAGAGAGAGUACUCCGCAUGCUUCCAGUACUUGUCAUGGCCAUGGUAGUAGUUGUCACCCACCCAGUGAAAAUAAAUCUUCUACAAGUACUGAAGCAAAUCCUGUUGACGAAACAACGAGCAGUAAUGUGAAUGUUGAAGAUUCUAGUUUGAACAACAACUCAAAUACAUUACCAAGUCAUUCUAAUGUGAAUCAGUCAAAUGUGAGCCAAGAUCAAAACAUUGUUCGACCUCAAGUUCUGAGUCACUUUCUUGGAGAUUUUAUGCAUUUUUUUCACCACUUUGCUCCAUUUCUACAGAGAUAUAGAUAUCUUCUUCAUAAUCCACAGGGACCUGAACGCAGGGAUCACGGUGAUUCGCUUCCAGAUCAAAUUGCUGAAAUUUUUCAUGAUCUCAGUCAUGCAUUUCAUGCUAUAUCUGAUCUAACUUUUAAUUUCAACUCUCCAACACCACAGUCAUUGUCAUGCUUUCCACAAAUAUCUCCAAUACGAUUUCAACAAACUCCACACAUGAGAAUGGUUCCAAUCUCAAGAAACUCUAAUGGAAAUUCUGGUAUACGACAGGGUGGACCAGUGGCUGUAGCUGCUAUUUCAACUACUGUUGUCCAUAUUCCUGCAAGUUCAGUUCAACGCUUAGUUACCGGUGGAGAAACUUUGACUACAUCCGCUACUCAAGGAUCUUUAAAUCCAAAUAUUCCAACAACUAAUCAAUGGCCACCAGGUGUCCCAAUUGCUGGAUUUACAUCAGAUACGAAUCAAGGCAUUCCAGCUGGAAUGAUGUUUGGUCCUUUUUCAAUGAGUGUACCUCAACCAACAUCUGCAAAUACUCCUCCAGUUUCUAAUUCAGGACGUUCAAGGGGUGUUAAUACAAAUGAUGUUAAUAUGCAGGAUGUUCUUCAGAAUGUAAUGUCUGCAUUAUUUCCUCCAAUGGUAAACAACAGUUCUCAACCCAAUUCAAGUUCUACAACCCAAAGCAACACCAAUGAAAUGUCAACACCAUCUAAUAAUGGUUCACAACAAGCAAGCCAAAGACAACAGACAUCAGCACAUUCAGCACAAGAAAACUUUCACCACCAUCAACAAGAUGGUGCGCCUUUACACCCUGACCCACUCUUACCGUGUAAUUCUUUUCACCUUGGGCCAAGCUUUCAUUCUUCUCAGAGUAAUACUCAAAGUGCUCCUCGAGUUGUUGAAGUUGCGAGUGUAGUCAUUGAUCAUACAUCUAAUUCUGCUUCUCCCACUGUUAACACAUCUAUGUCUGGGCAGCAAAAUACUGGAGCAGCUGAAUUGCCUAAUAACAAUCCUCCAGUUGGUGCUGAUAUGUCUAGCAUUUCCAAUAUUCUAAAUUCAAUGUUUGGAAGUUUAUCAAACACCAAUAAUCCUUUUUCUGAAAAUGAUUCCAGUAUAGACGAUGAAACAUCGAUGGAUGUUGAUAUGAGCAGAGAUAAUCAAUUUAUGGAUCUGGUAACAGAAACUGUCCGAGUUUUGAAUGAGAACUCUAAUGAUGCAAAUUCAUCAACUCGAAAUGAAACUCUGAGAAAUAUAUUUGAAACAAGAUUCAGGCGUCUUGAAAAUGAAGAGGGAGCCAGUUUUUUCACAGAGCUGUUUGAUACAUUUGGUGAGACAUUUACAGUUCCUGAUUUAGUAGCAAUAAUCUCAGGAGCAACCACACCAUGGGCACGACUUCAAAUGCCACUUAGAAAGCUUUUGGAAAAGCAUUUUAAUAAUAAUUUACCCAUUUCUGAAAUGGAUAUUCCUAGUGUAGCAAAAAAAAUGGCUGAAAGUCUUGGUGGGAAUGAUGAUAUGGAAAUCACUGUAAGACCGGAUGUUGAUUUACCUGCUACUUUAAAAAACCUUGAAGUUGAUUAUUUUAAAAAGUUUUUACAAUUGCUUAUUUCAAAUGAAUCUGAUUAUUGCAAUGGCAUCCACUUAUGGUUCAUCGAGUAUGCUACAUGGUUUUUUGCUGUUUUAGAUUAUUCUGUAGCAGGUGGUACAGAAAGCUAUAUUGCUGCUUACUUAAGCACUGAGUCAAUGGAAGAUGCGUUUUCUGAUUUCCCUCCAGCUAUUCGUCAAUUUUCUACAGAAACACUUAUUAGAAGAACACGUUCUUCAAUUGGAGCACAAACAAUAUCACCUGCUGCACUUGAAGCUGUUAUUAUUAGGCCUGGUUCAAGAAAUAUGAUUCAAAGAGAAAAUCCUUGCAAAGGUGGUGAUAGUGAAAGAGCUGCAAAGCGUGUACGCAAAAAUGAAACUGUUGAUGUUGAUAAAAUUUGGGAAGAAAUGAAUAAUGGUGCACAAAGUAGCGAAAGUGAUCCAGAAGUUGACAGUCCUCCAUCACCUGAAGACUGGCACUCACAAUUUCCUAAUGAUUGGGUUAGUGUAAUUAGCCGUGAUGUAGAGCUUCAACGGAAAUUGCCUCCUCAGCGGCCUUAUAGUGAUGCAUACUUAAAUGGGUUACCUUCGAAACGUAGAGCACAAAUGACUCAGCAUGGAACAGAAGCUGAUCGCAUAGACAUAAAAGCUUCUUUAAAAAAAGCAAUGGACAAAGUUGGUGUAGAUAAAGAUUCAAAAUUGUUGGAAGAGGAUAUCGAGAAUUCAAAUCUUCAAGGAAUGUUUGAAUCGACUUUUAAGAAUGAUGUUAAUCAACGUUUGCAGUCUGAUGAAGAUUACCGUUCAAAACGACAUCCGAACACAGAAAAGUACUUCAUGAAAAAGGGAAAAAAAUAAAUUUUAAUUAUUAUA